CAAGACUCGCAUCCGGAUCUUAAUUCUACUAUUACAGUCGUUUACCUUAUGCCAAGGCAAUGGGGUAGACAAGUCUAUUCAGAUGGAGCUUAACCUAUUCAUAUAGAGAAAAGUCAUAAAGGUAUCUGGUCGAAAUUGCGUCCAGAUUCAUUCGCUUCCCCAUCCCCGCCUCCCUCCCUAUAUGAUAAUUCAUAAUUUUCUGUAUUUUUCUCGAGAGAAAGAGAGAGAUGGAAACAAGUUGCAGAAAGAAAAAAGAAGACGAUUUUCAUGUUCUUCAUAAAGUUCCUUCUGGAGAUGGUCCAUAUGUUAAAGCUAAGCACACUCAGCUGGUAGAAAAAGAUCCAGAGGGAGCAAUUAUAUGGUUUUGGAAGGCGAUAAAUGGAGGAGAUAGAGUGGAGAGUGCACUAAAAGACAUGGCUGUUGUUAUGAAGCAGUUGGAUAGAACUGAAGAAGCCAUUGAAGCCAUUAAGUCCUUCAGAUGCCUUUGCUCCAAACAUUCCCAGCCAUCUCUUGAUAAUCUCCUGAUCGACUUAUACAAGAAAUGUGGUAGAUUCGAUGAAGAAAUAGGGUUAUUGAAGCAAAAGCUUAGGGUGAUUUAUAGAGGAGAAGCUUUUAAUGGAAAACCUACAAAAACUGCUCGAUCCCAUGGCAAGAAAUUUCAGGUCUCGGUUAAACAAGAAACUGCCAAGAUUCUGGGUAAUUUGGGAUGGGCCUAUAUGCAAAAAUCAAACUUCAUGGCAGCAGAGGUUGUGUACAAGAAAGCCCAAAUGAUCGACCCUGAUGCAAACAAGGCUUGUAACUUGGGUCUCUGUCUAAUGAAACAGGCCCGUUACAAAGAGGCCCAACUCAGCCUCUUUGACAUUCUUAGCGGUAGGUUUCCUGGAGCCGACGAUUCCAAGGCCUGUGCCCGGGCUCAACAACUAUUGACCGAGUUGAAAACAUGUCGGCAACCACCUUCUGGUUUGCCGGAGAACCUCCUGGGUUUGGAUCUAGAUGAUGAGUUUGUUACUGACCUUGAACGAUUAAUAAACGUAUGGGCCCCUUAUAAAUCAAAAAGGUUGCCUAUAUUUGAAGAAAUUGACCAAUUUAGGGAUCAAUUGGCUUUCUAGAAUUUUCGAAAUUUCUUUUAUUCUUUUUGAGAUUUGUUAUGUGAUAUAAUGGAGGCAUGAUUGUGUAUAUAUCAUUGUAAACUAGAUGUAAAACUCAUGUAUUACAUUGAUUAAUUAAAAAAAAUCUAAAUAUAAA